CAUUCCGUGUGCAGCUGUUUAAAGAUCUGGUAACACUGCAAGAAAACGAAGCCGCGCUGAACGUUUUUGCCGACAAUUAACGCAAAAAACAAACUUAAAAGCGAAACAAAAAGACUUUCAACCGCAUUUAACCAGCCAUAAGUAUAAUUCGCCAUGGCCCUUGUGAAGCCAAAGUCGGAACUGACCCCGGAGGAGCUGGCCCGCCAGGAAGAGGAGGAGUUCAACACCGGGCCGCUGUCCGUGCUCACGCAGUCCGUGAAGAACAACACCCAGGUGCUCAUCAACUGCCGCAACAACAAGAAGCUUCUGGGCAGGGUAAAGGCCUUCGAUCGGCACUGCAACAUGGUACUGGAAAACGUCAAGGAGAUGUGGACAGAGCUGCCACGGACCGGGAAGGGCAAAAAGAAAGUAAAGCCCGUGAAUAAGGAUCGGUUCAUAUCGAAGAUGUUUCUGCGAGGCGAUUCGGUCAUUCUCGUUCUCAGGAAUCCAUUGGCCACGGCGGCCGGGAAGUAGUCUACCAUAGCGUAGCGUACAGCAACCAAUAACCACCAAUUUCAGUCAAUAAAUCCGAAAAUCAAAUCCCUUCAUCAAGAAAA